AUGGAAUCGGUAUGUUUGUUGAUAUUUUAUCUUACUAGUCAAUAAUCUUAUUUUAGUUUGUCAUUGUUCGAGGAAAUCAGCGCGUCGUUGAAGUUACGGCAGAAAUUGAUGGCAUUAUCAGAAAAAAGACUUUGAGGGCAGCUUUCCAACUUGAAGAGGACGUGCCGAUCGGAUUGUUCAGGAACAACAGAGGUUUAAAGUAGGUUUUUAAUGGCUCUUAUUUAAGACAUUUCGAUUUUCGUUAGCAAUUUUAAAUGAAAUUCUGAACAAAUUUUUUAUUAAGUUUCUUAGGUGCAGAGAAGACGAUUUUUUUGAGCUACAAGAUGGAUGGAACGGAGCCGAGUACGAAUUGCGAUGGGAGGAAGAGCGACGAUCGCGUGUAGCAAGGCCAGCAGAUCAAGCCUUUGCUGAACGACCGAUGAGUCCAUAUUACCCUUCAUGUAAGAUUUAACUCAAAUUAAUAUUUUAAAUUUAUGAUCUCUUUUAGUACCACCAGAUCCAGCUCCUACGCCUGAGGCUUUCUCCAAAUGGAUGUUCUAUUUACAUGAUCACUUGGGACAAGCUACUGCAAUCUGCGUUCACCCGCGAUAUUUCGUCUCUUUUCGCCACGGCUCUCAUCUUCAGCUCAAGCUUGGCGAGACUUUGAAGAUGUAUACUGCGGACAAAGAAGUGGACGAACAAGUUGGAAUGCACGUUAGUGUGGUCAAAGUCAAUGAAGAACUAGAUUUUAUUUUGCUCAAAAGCGAAUUCAAUGUUGUAGAGGUAAGUUCUUAGAAUAUUUCUUAUUUUGUUGUUAAUUUACGCACUUUUAGCGAGGACCUUCAAUCGCGCGGGCUCAAGAGUCAGAACCGUUUACACUGGCUGGAUUCGGUAAUGAACAUGGAAGACUUUCAUACCUACCUGGAACAAUUCACUCUGUGCGCGACACCUAUUUCGAAGGAGAUGGCAAACAAUUGGGCCCCUUUAUUCUCGGCACUAGUCCCAGUUCUCGAGGCGAUUCGGGUAAGAAUGAUUAUCUUUUUUUUUGAUUAAUUAAAAACUAAACUUUUAGGUGGCGGUAUCUGGGGUUCGAGAGGACUUAUUGGAUCGAAUUUUGGUUGCACAACUAUGCCGUUGCAAUAUCAUCAUCUGGCCAUUUCAGAGGCCGCAACUCAUCUGUCCGGCAUCUCGAUUUAA